AUUUGUGUAUGUGGCAGCCGAGGGUGUACAAUAUUCGUCAUAGUAUUUCUUUGAAAUAGUCAAAAUUCCUACUCCUCAGUUUCCUUAAUGUAGAAUUUAAUGAAUUAACUUCGCGAUUUCCAAGGGUCGCUUUUCAUCAGAUUCGGUGUAGAUAAGGCGAGGAGCAAAGGAGCCAUGGCGCAAGUUUUACCGAUACGUUUUCAGGAGCACUUACAGCUCACCAAUGUGGGGAUCAAUCCAGCCUCCAUAUCCUUCAACACUCUCACCAUGGAGUCUGACAAGUUUAUCUGUGUCCGGGAGAAGGUCGGAGAGACGGCUGAGGUGGUCAUCAUCGACAUGGGAGACCCCACCACCCCCAUCCGCAGGCCGAUCAGCGCUGACUCGGCCAUCAUGAACCCUGCCAGCAAAGUCAUCGCCCUCAAAGGAAAGGCAGGCAUUGAAGCUCAAAAAACGCUGCAGAUCUUCAACAUCGAAAUGAAGUCAAAGAUGAAGGCUCACACAAUGACAGAGGACGUGGUGUUCUGGAAGUGGAUAUCCCUGAACACUCUCGCCCUCGUCACCAAGAUGUCGGUGUACCACUGGUCGAUGGAAGGCGACUCCACGCCGGUGAAGAUGUUCGACCGCCACGCCUCGCUCGCCGACUGCCAGAUCAUCAACUACAGGACGGACCCCAAGCAACAGUGGCUGCUGUUAGUUGGUAUCUCCGCGCAGCAGAACCGCGUGGUAGGCGCGAUGCAGCUGUACUCAGUAGAGCGCAAGUGCUCGCAGCCGAUCGAGGGCCACGCGGCGUCGUUCGCCACCUUCAAGGCGGAGGGCAACGCCGAGCCCUCCACGCUCUUCUGCUUCGCUGUGCGCACCGCGCAGGGCGGCAAGCUGCACAUCAUCGAGGUGGGCCAAACGCCCGCGGGCAACCAGCCCUUCCCCAAAAAGGCCGUGGACGUAUUCUUCCCCGCGGAGGCUCAGAACGACUUCCCCGUCGCCAUGCAGGUGUCGCCCAAGUAUGACGUCAUCUACCUCAUCACCAAGUACGGAUACAUCCACAUGUACGACAUCGAGACCGGCACCUGUAUCUACAUGAACAGGAUUUCGUCAGAUACCAUAUUUGUCACCGCGCCGCAUGAAGCCACUGGAGGAAUUAUCGGUGUGAACCGCAAAGGCCAGGUUCUCUCAGUGACGGUAGAAGAGGAUUCCAUCGUGCCAUACAUCAACACGGUGCUGCAAAACCCUGAGUUGGCGCUGCGUCUCGCCGUGCGAAACAAUCUCGCGGGCGCUGAAGAACUAUUUGUCAGGAAGUUCAACAUGCUCUUCACUAACGGCCAGUACGGAGAAGCUGCAAAGGUCGCAGCGAUGGCUCCGCGAGGCAUCCUGCGGACGCCGCAGACCAUCCAGCGGUUUCAGCAGGUGCCGACGCAGCCGGGGCAGACGUCGCCGCUGCUGCAGUACUUCGGCAUCCUGCUGGACCAGGCGCAGCUCAACAAGUUCGAGUCGCUGGAGCUGUGCCGGCCCGUGCUGUUGCAGGGCCGCAAGCAGCUUCUAGAAAAAUGGCUGAAAGAAGAGAAACUCGAAUGCUCUGAAGAGCUGGGCGACCUGGUGAAGCAGGUGGACCCCACGCUGGCGCUGUCGGUGUACCUGCGCGCCAACGUGGCCAGCAAGGUCAUCCAGUGCUUCGCAGAGACCGGCCAGUUCCAGAAGAUCGUGCUCUACGCGAAGAAGGUGGGCUACACCCCCGACUACAUCUUCCUUCUCCGCUCUGUCAUGCGCUCGAGCCCCGACCAAGGCGCGGGCUUCGCUGGCAUGCUGGUGGCUGAAGACCCGCCGCUGGCCGACAUCAACCAGAUCGUGGACGUGUUCAUGGAGCAGAACAUGGUGCAGCAGUGCACCGCCUUCCUGCUCGACGCGCUCAAGAACAACCGCCCGGAGGAGGGGCCGCUGCAGACCAGGUUGCUGGAGAUGAACCUGAUGUCAGCGCCGCAAGUGGCGGACGCGAUCCUCGGCAACGCGAUGUUCACGCACUACGACCGCGCGCACGUGGCGCAGCUGUGCGAGAAGGCGGGACUGCUGCAACGUGCGCUUGAGCACUACACCGAUCUGUACGACAUCAAGCGCGCCGUGGUCCACACCCACCUCCUAUCCGCCGACUGGCUAGUCUCUUACUUCGGAAGUCUCUCAGUGGAAGAUUCUCUCGAAUGCCUCAAGGCCAUGCUCCAAGCCAACAUCAGACAGAACCUCCAGAUCUGCGUGCAAAUCGCCACAAAAUACCACGAGCAACUGACUACCAAGGCGCUCAUCGAACUGUUCGAGAGCUUCAAGACUUAUGAGGGCCUGUUCUACUUCCUCGGGUCUAUUGUCAACUUCAGCCAGGAUUCUGAAGUGCACUUCAAGUAUAUUCAGGCCGCCUGCAAGACCGGUCAGAUCAAGGAAGUGGAGCGCAUCUGCCGGGAAUCGAACUGCUACAACGCCGAACGCGUGAAAAACUUCCUGAAGGAGGCCAAGCUGCCGGACCAGCUGCCGCUCAUCAUCGUGUGCGACCGCUUCGACUUCGUGCACGAUCUCGUGCUGUAUCUCUACCGCAACAGCCUGCAGAAGUACAUCGAGAUCUACGUGCAGAAGGUAAACCCUUCGAGGUUGCCUGUAGUAGUGGGAGGGCUACUGGACGUGGAUUGCGCAGAAGAUAUCAUCAAGAACCUGAUCUUGGUGGUACGAGGGCAGUUCUCAACGGAUGAGCUGGUGGCUGAAGUCGAGAAACGCAACAGAUUGAAACUCCUCCUGCCUUGGUUGGAAACCCGAGUCCACGAGGGCUGCAACGAGCCGGCCACACACAACGCGCUCGCCAAGAUCUACAUCGACUCCAACAAUAACCCUGAAAGAUUCCUCAAGGAGAACCAAUGGUACGACUCGCGCGUAGUGGGCCGCUACUGCGAGAAGCGCGACCCGCACCUCGCUUGCGUUGCAUACGAGCGGGGUCAGUGCGACCGCGAGCUCAUCGCCGUGUGCAACGACAACUCGCUGUUCAAGACGCAGGCGCGCUACCUGGUGCGCCGCCGCGACCAGGAGCUCUGGCUCGAGGUGCUCUCAGAGGCCAACCCCUACAAGCGACAGCUCAUCGACCAGGUCGUGCAAACAGCUCUCUCAGAAACACAAGAUCCUGAAGAUAUCUCUGUGACAGUGAAAGCCUUCAUGACAGCCGACCUGCCCAAUGAACUGAUUGAGCUGCUAGAGAAGAUUGUCCUGGACAACUCUGUGUUCUCAGACCACAGGAACCUGCAGAACUUGCUUAUCCUCACAGCAAUUAAGGCGGACCGGUCCCGCGUAAUGGAAUACAUCAACCGUCUGGACAAUUACGAUGCGCCUGAUAUCGCCAACAUCGCGAUCAACAAUGAGCUCUACGAAGAAGCCUUCGCCAUCUUCAAGAAGUUCGACGUCAAUACCUCUGCCAUUCAGGUGUUGAUAGAACAAGUGAAAGACCUGGAGCGCGCUUACGAGUUCGCUGAGCGCUGCAAUGAGCCGGGAGUUUGGUCGCAACUCGCCAAGGCUCAGCUACAGCAGGGGCUCGUGAAGGAAGCCAUCGAUUCUUACAUCAAGGCCGAUGACCCCUCAGCUUACAUGGAUGUGGUCGCAACAGCCACAGAGCAGCAGUCGUGGGAAGACCUCGUGCGGUAUCUCCAGAUGGCGCGCAAGAAGGCACGCGAAUCGUACAUCGAAUCGGAGCUCAUAUACGCAUACGCGCGCACCGGUCGCCUAGCAGACUUGGAGGAAUUCAUCUCGGGGCCCAACCACGCCGACAUCCAGAAGAUCGGCGACCGCUGCUUCGACGACAAGAUGUACAACGCGGCCAAGCUGCUGUACAAUAACGUCAGCAACUUUGCUCGGCUCGCCAUCACGCUCGUGCACCUCAAGGAGUUUCAAGGUGCGGUGGACAGCGCACGAAAGGCUAACUCGACGCGCACGUGGAAGGAAGUUUGCUUCGCGUGCGUGGACGCGGGAGAAUUCCGCCUGGCGCAGAUGUGCGGUCUCCACAUUGUCGUGCACGCUGAUGAGCUGGAGGACCUCAUCAACUACUACCAGGACCGAGGCCACUUCGACGAGCUGAUCAGCCUGCUGGAGGCGGCGCUGGGGCUGGAGCGCGCGCACAUGGGCAUGUUCACGGAGCUGGCCAUCCUCUACUCCAAGUACAAGCCCGCCAAGAUGCGCGAGCACCUCGAGCUGUUCUGGGCGCGCGUCAACAUCCCCAAGGUGCUCCGCGCCGCCGAGCACGCGCACCUGUGGUCGGAGCUGGUGUUCCUGUACGACAAGUACGAGGAGUUCGACAACGCCGCGCUCACCAUGAUGCAGCAUCCUACCGAGGCCUGGCGCGAGGGACACUUCAAGGACAUCAUCACCAAAGUCGCAAACAUGGAGCUAUACUACAAAGCGAUCCAGUUCUACCUGGACUACAAGCCGCUCCUCCUGAACGACCUGCUCCUAGUGUUAGCGCCGCGUAUGGACCACACGCGCGCCGUCAGCUUCUUCACCAAGGCCGGGCACCUGCAGCUGGUCAAGGCGUACCUGCGCUCCGUGCAGAGCCUCAACAACAAGGCCGUCAACGAGGCGCUCAACUCGCUGCUCAUCGACGAGGAGGACUACCAGGGACUAAGAACAUCGAUAGACGCAUUCGACAACUUCGACACUAUUGCGCUGGCGCAACAAUUGGAGAAGCACGAACUUACCGAAUUCAGAAGAAUCGCCGCAUACCUGUACAAAGGCAACAACAGAUGGAAGCAGAGCGUGGAACUGUGCAAGAAGGACGCCUUAUACGCGGACGCCAUGGAGUACGCGUCGGAGUCGCGCCAGCCCGAGGUGGCCGAGGAGCUGCUUAACUGGUUCCUGGAGCGAGACAACUACGAGUGCUUCUCCGCCUGCCUCUACCAGUGUUAUGACCUCCUGAAACCCGAUGUUGUUAUCGAGCUCGCGUGGAGACAUAACAUCAUGGACUUCGCUAUGCCUUUCCUCAUUCAGACGGUGCGUGAGCUGACGACGAAGGUAGAGAAGCUUGAGGAGGCGGACGCGAAACGCAGCACUGAAAGCGCCGAGCACGAGGCCAAGCCCGCCAUGAUCAUGGAGCCGCAGCUCAUGCUCACCGCGGGACCAUCGAUGGCAUACCCCGGCGUGCCGGCGCAAGCGUCGCCCUACGCGUACGCCGCGCAGGCGCCCUCGCCCGCGCCCUACCACGGCUACGGCAUGUAGGGCCCGCGCGCCGCGCCCGCGCCUCGCUCGCGCCGCGCGCCCUACUGAACCGGCGCCCUGCCGAACCGUCGCCCUGCCGAACUGUCGCCCUGCCGAACUGUCGCCCUGCCGCCCCUACACAACCGCCGUCGAACGCUUGCGGAGAUAAUAAAAAUAAAUAAAUAUCUUUGGACAAUCUCACACAGCGCCAUCUAGCCCCAAAGUUAGCAAUUAAUAUGCUUGUGUUAUGGGUGCUAGCUUAACGGAUACGGACGCGAUGAAGAGAACACGACAUUGGUCUAGAACAGAAAACAACAAAGCUAAAAUAGUUAAGAUAAAGCGACGUUUGUUUUAAGACCCGUGUCUUAUUUUUUAGUUGAAAUGGAACGCGAAAGUAUAAAUCCUAAAACACAUAAGCUAACAAAAAUAGUAAGAUAACGCGACGUUUAUUUUAAGACCCGUGUCUUACUAUUUUAGUUGAAAUGGAACGCGAAAGUUUAAAAUCUUAUGACACAUAAGCUAACAAUAGUACAUCAAUAUAACGCAUUCUACGAGUACAGGACUGUGGAACAUUGUGGCCCAGCAUUGCACUAACGAUGCCUUGAAAAUGUCAAUCACGGCACAUGAAAUGAGACCGACAUGACGGCUGGCAUACUUGUUUCAUAUGUAACAAGGAUGCUGCGUGUUUGAAGUGUCGAAAAACUCGAAAUAUUAUUGCAUUGUCUACAAUAACAGCUGUGCCACAAUCACGCGGAAAAACCAACGACCAAUGUGAUUAAACUUUAUUAGGAACAAGUUGCAUUACUCUGCAAGCAUUCGACGGCGAAUACCAAGCUAUACAGAUAUAACCCCCCUGGCGGCAGAAUGGUUGUUUAUUAUUUAUUACCCUUUGGAUACGUCCACGCCGUAGUCGUCUGGUAGGUGCUGUUUGAUCGACCGACGUUAAUAGAUACUACUACUACCGUUGUGGGCGUAGCCUCGUAGGAGCGUCGGCGACUCCUUGCAGCAACGGAUUCGUUCUCUAUGCACUUGCGAUGUCCGAGCGCGACCGAACGAUCUCCGAUCGUCAACAUUUACGAAGUACCUUCUCGUCUCGAGGCCUAAAGUUGUAGUAUUCAAUUCUCGCGUCCCCUUUGUAAAGAAAAGUAUUAUAGUUAAGUCGGAAGUGCAUAGAGGCCAUACACUUUACGUAGAUUUAGUCGAUUCGGCCGAUGUUAUAGUACGAAAUUGAAUCGUUAGCCUGUACAAAUUAUAUUGAUAUAUCGAUUGCCGAGUAGCUCUCGUGAGUAAAGUGCUUUAUUUUUGUCGGUACCGAGAGCGGUCUUAUAUAGAUAAAUUGAAAUUAUGUCACAGCUUUACGUCGAAGAGAUCCCGUCCAUGCGGCGGCCGCGCCAGUCUGCCGCGUCGCGACACGAGCUCUGCGCCGAACUCACACUUAAGUAGCUAAAAUUAAAUAGAUAACUCGGCCGCACAGAUGGGUCUCUUUGCUUUACGUAGUUAGUCUAUGUGCUCGCAUGUUCCGAUCGUUAUAUUAACAUGUGCAGUUAAAUUUAUAAAGGUAAUCUUCUGAGCGCAUCAACCUAAUAGAUUUCUGUAUAUCGAAUUGAAAUAGUUUAAAAAGUGUUAUUAACGUUAUCGAUUGAAAUAUUGUAUCGUUCGCGAGUAUAUUUAUCUUCUCACUCGCAAUUUAAAAUUUAUUCGAUCAGCUGUGACCAAAUUAUAAAUUCGCCGUUGGACGUUUAAUCUGCCACUAGGUGCAUAGUGAAGUAAUAGAUCAUUAAUAUUAUGUUCGUGUACAUUAGUGGUCGAAUGACGUCAUCUAUUAUCAUUGUUAUUUUAUAAUCAGGCAUAAUUAUAUUAUUUUGUAUUCCCAAAUUAUUACUUAUCGUGGAUCAAAUAUUUAUUUUUAUACUAAAUCCCUUAUAAUGAGCAGGCCUCUGCCAGUCCGGCUGUUCCGUCAGACAGUGCAAUAUUGCAGUUUUAUGUUACUCACCUGCGUGUUCCGACGUGUAUUGCAUGUAAUACAAAUCAACGACUAAUUAAAUGUAUAAAUUUCAGAUGUUAACUAUUUUAUGUAUAUAAUGUUUCUUAACCGUAGACAUCCACGGGCCAGCUGAAAUUAAUUGAAAGUAUAACACCGGAUUAUUCGAGUUUACUUUAUAUAAAUGAAUAUUUUCUAGAUACGUUUAGGUUUAGCUUAGGUGGAAUAGUUAGCGGUAACGAUGUUAUUAUUUGGAGUAAUGUUUGCGAGCGUGUGCGAGACUUGUACCAUCACGCGUGUUGCUUUAGUUGCGUUAUGUAUUGAAUCACACUUUGAUUGAUGCCUUCACUAGAUAAUUAAUGUAAGAGUCGUAUUUUAGCCGCAGAGCGUUUCUGGGUGCCGUUAUUUUUAAUUAUUCGUUUAACAAUACUUUUGUAGAUUCUAUUUUUAUUCGUGACGAUCGCAGGUCCCCAGAAGUACUCUAUAGCGUCAAGUAGAUUCACAAACUCCGCGUAAAGUUACGGUCUGUAAUUUUACAGUGAGAGUGCACUAAUAAAUUAAUCAUCAAUGUUAAUGGUUCAUUCAAAUCAUUCCUAUCAUAAAAAUUUAUGAUCAAUAAUAUUGUUAUAAUUCAUUUAUAUUUCUUUAUAAUAAAACAAAUUAUUAACUUAAUUGAAGAAAAGUUCAUUGUUUAUUAGCAUUGUAUUUAUUCAUGUAUGAUACUGUUUUCCUGAAUUUAAUUAUAGUAAGAAUAUAUUAUAUGAAUAAAUGAA